ACAAGCGCCACAGCUCCUACUCUAUGCUAGAGGCAAACUUUCACCAUGGACUCUCUUGAGUUGGUCUUCACUGUGCUUGGGGCAGGCGUUGCCUUCUACUAUGUUCUCAAAACCGUGAGACUACUGAGAGUUCUUUUUCCAAAAUUCUGGUACCCUUUGCCUGGGGAUUUUUUCACUUCUAUGGGAGAGUGGGCUGUGAUCACUGGAGGGUCUGAUGGAAUCGGCAAAGCAUAUGCCCUUGAGCUAGCCCAGCGGGGAAUGAAUGUGGUUAUUGUUAGCCGAAGUGUUGAAAAACUGAACAACGCUGCAGAAGAAAUAGGAAGGAUUACAAGAAAACGUGUUAAAGUGUUGGCGGUCGAUUUUACCAAAGACAAUGUGUAUGAAUCCAUUGAGGAAAGCCUAGAAGAUCUGAAUAUUGGAGUUUUGGUUAACAAUGUUGGCAUGCUGCCCUCACCCAUCCCCUGUAAGCUUCUCGACGAGACUUCUCUGGAGCAGAAACUCAACGAUGUGGUAAACUGCAAUACAAAAUCCACGAUGCAGAUGUGCAGAAUUGUGCUUCCUGGGAUGGAGGAAAGGGGGAAAGGUGUCAUUCUGAAUGUGUCUUCUGGAAUGGCUGCCAUCCCUUGUCCCACGUAUACACUCUACACAGCAUCAAAAGCAUGUGUUGAGACGUUCUCACAAGGCCUUCAAGCUGAGUACAAAGCAAAAGGAAUCAUUAUACAGACGGUGUGUCCCUUUGGGAUAUCCACCAAUAUGACAGGCUACCAAAAGCCAGAUCUAAUGAACUACACACCAGAGGACUUUGUGAAGACAUCACUCGCCUACGUGAAAGCAGGAGACAAGACAUUUGGGAGCAUCACUCAUACAAUAAUGGGCUGGAUUAUGCAGACAGUGCCUAUUCAGUAUUUCCAAACCGAGAAGAUGCAAGAGCAGCUGAUUGAGUUUGUGAAAGAAAAAACUGGGAGAAAAACAUAGUAAUUUAGAUGAGAAAUGUUUGGGGGUUAGUCCUCUAUUUUUCAGCUCCAGAUGUUUGUGCAUAUCCCUGCUAGUGUUAAUUUCGUCAGACGAGACGAGACUAAAUAUGUUCGUCAACGACCUUUUUAUUCCCUGCAUAGCAUUUAUAGUAUACUGUACCUGCUCUUACGCUCUAUCUAUUCAACCUCACUUUAAUUACAUACAGCUCUGGACAAAAUAAAGAGACCACUGCAAAUUUGAAUAUGACCGUCAACUCAUUCGAAUGUCACUUAUCAACCGUAAGAUGACAUUAGAGAAAUGUGCAGUGGUCUUUUAAUCAUUUUUAAUAAUAGAACUGUAUAUACGAUACAUAUGGGGUCCCCAUGCAUUCAGCACAUAAUGUAUACUUUUACUCCACUACAUUUUUAUUAGCAGCAUUAAGGACAAAGUAUAAGCUAAAAUAAUGUGCACAUAAAACCAAAAGCCCUCCAUUCAACAUGUUAGAUAUUUUCAACAUGUUAGAUAUUUUCUGAACUGAUGCCACCACAGGACACAGCAAUGAAUGAAGAAGUUAAUGUCUAGAAAAUAUCACUAAGACAUGUAAAAAUGCUUAUGCCUAUGCUUGCUUUUUAUUUUGUUUAGGCUUUCAAAGAGUGUCCAUGUUGUGUACAUGUUGGAUUAACUUAAUUACAGGCCUAUGAAGGGAGCAGCAGUAAACAAGUAUGAAGUGUAGGUACCCAGUUUUAAGGUGCUGUACGGUAUGAACUUGAUGGCCAAUCCAAAGUUUUGACUGCUUUCUUUUUCAUUAAUAGCAUAGUGAAGGGAGGUGGUUGUCACCCCACCUUGAAAGGCUUUACUAGUAUGUUGUACUUCUACUUACUUAAGUACUUAAAUAUGUUUUAAAAUGGACUACUUGUCAUACUUAAGUACUGUAAAUAAUAUAUACUUCAAGACUUUUAUUUAAGGUGUAUGCUUAUAGAUUACUUUUACUUUUCAGUCAUUUUUGAUCAUAUGUGGGUGGUGUGGGUUUCGGAUACGGAUACAACACUGCUUUUAUGUCAUGACUAACUGACUUGAGUUUUUGAUGUUUAAUAUGUUUGUUUUUUGUUUUGUUUUAAGUAACACAUGAAAUGCUUAUCAAAAACA